UCAAAAAGUGAAAUCGAUCGUUGCGCCCCCGUGAGAAUAUUAAAAUAUUUACAUUGACAUAUUCCAAGAAAAUAAUUUUUAGUAAGUUUUUUUAGAUUUUAGUAAGUGAUUAAUUAGUGAAUCGUCUAUAAAUAGAAGAAGCAAUUUGUACGGUCGAUGUUUGGAGUCUAUAUAAUGUGAAGGUGGCAGGACAAAUUGACGGCUAGACGGUACACGUAGAAAUAGUUUGAGAGACCUAAAUCUGAGAGGAAGAAGACAAGGAAAGGAGAAGAAGGCAAGGAAAGGAAAGCUGAGAAGGACGCAGAAGAAGCUUGACGACGAGACAGUGCGUGUGGUGAGGAAGAAAGAGCAGCAACGGGGGUGUGUAAGGGGUGUUUGAGUGGGAUUUUGGCGGCGACAGGGCGUAAAGGAACUGGAACUGGAAAUGACGUAUGAUACCCGUGGAAGGACAUCGGAUCAGCAGCAGCAGCAGCAGUCCCAUGCGACACAGGUCGAAGGUGGGAGUCAGGGUGGCUCUGAGGGGCAACAAUCACCACCCCAGCAAGCAACGAGUGGUACAGCCAGUGAGACAGAGACCCUAACUCCCGAAGAGUUGAUAGCGUCAUUCCCAUUGGCAAAGCUCAACUCGCUAACGACGAAAAUUUCAAGUGCACGAUGGGUUGUACCCGUACUGCCGGAACAGGAGCUAGAAUGCCUCCUGAAUGCUGCCAUUCAGCUCACGAGUGCCGGAGUUGAUCACGAUUGCGAGCCAUGCAUGAGAUUCUAUCGGGAUGGCCUCACGACGUCCUUUAUGAAAAUCCUCACGGAUGAGGCGGUUAAUUCGUGGAAAUACAACAUCCAUCACUGCAUUCUCAUGUCAUGUGGGAAACUACUGCAGCUAACUGCUUUGCACAUGAAGCGAGACAAUCCAUAUUUGCUGGAUCUCCUGGCGGUAGUGCUUGAUCCCGACAACAAAUUUCACACAUUUAAUGCAUCACGACAGCAGGAGGCCUACUCACCCGGACCCAAUGGGGUUGGCCUCCAAUCCGCCCUCUGGGGCAAUAUGGAUGAAAUUUAUGCUGUGUCACCGUCAGAACCGAGAAAUCCAAGAGGGUGGCUCGUUGAUUUACUCAAUAGAUUUGGACAAUUUGGUGGUUUUGAUAAUUUGCUAGAGAGAUUCAAUACGGGAAUGGCAUUGCUGAAGAAACCCGCGUCAUCGGAGGAUAUGCAAAUGUCAUCUGGCGGCAAUACAUCAUCGCUCAGUCUGAGUGAUGAUUCGACGAAAAUGAAGACAUCCACGGUGUCGUCGAGUGGAACAAAUAGUACCAGCACUAGUCUCGUUCUCGAGGACAACAACAAAAUAACACUACCACUGAUUCAUGCUCUUGUCCGACCAUUUGGUCAGUGCUACGAACUCCUGACAAUUCCAACGAUUGAAAAGUAUUUCAUGCCAAUUUGGAGUGUUGUACUGGAAUUACUUGAAAGUCUCACGGAUGAGGAGCUGAAGAAGGAGGCAAAACCCGAGGGGAGAAGUGAUUCAAUUAAUGGAAUUGUAAGAGCUGCCCGUUGCCUAGCAAGUAGAUUACCAAAUCAGGAGAAUUUGAUAAAGGAUCUCGAGAUGUUUCGCCUCAAGAUGAUCCUUAGACUGUUACAAGUAUCCAGUUUCAAUGGGAAAAUGAAUGCACUCAAUGAGAUCAAUAAAGUCCUCAGUACAGUUGCUUACUAUCCACACAGGAAUCAGGGUCCGCAUCUACAACAGGAUGAUGAAAUGGAUUGGUUGACUGCUGAAAAAAUGGCAAAAUGGAUUAAGGACACCGAUGUGCUGGGAAUUGUGCUGAAAGAUUCACUCCAUCAACCGCAAUAUGUGGAGAAGUUGGAAAAGAUCCUUCGUUUCCUUAUAAAGGAGAAAUCUCUCACAUUGGAGGAUCUCAAUGCAAUGUGGCGUGCACAGGCGGGAAAACAUGAGGCUAUUGUUAAAAAUCUCCAUGAUUUGCUAGCUAAAUUGGCAUGGGAUUUCAAUGCGGAACAAUUGGAUUAUCUCUUUGAUUGCUUUCAGGCAAGUAUGACAACAGCUAAUAAGAAGCAACGAGAACGUCUAUUGGAACUCAUUCGUCGUCUAGCGGAGGACGAUAAAAAUGGUGUGAUGGCAAAUAAGGUGUUGAAACUCUUCUGGACAUUGGCUCAUAGUGCCGAAGUGCCACCGGAGGUGUUGGAUCAAGCACUAGCGUCUCAUGUGAAGAUUCUUGACUACAGUUGUUCGCAGGAGAGGGAUGCCCAGAAGCAGGUGUGGCUGGCAAAGUGUGUGGAGGAGUUGAAAUCAUCGGAAAAUUGGGCACUGCCGGCAUUGCGAUUGAUACGUGAGAUUUGCUGCCUCUACGAGGCCACAGCUAAUCAUCAGCCUCGGCAGCAGCAGUGCCUGAAUAGGCAGCAUGUGAUUGAGAGACUUCAGAAUGAGCACACACUUGUGAUCCUCGUCACGCAUAGUUUGACAACGUAUAUGGAUCGUGUUAGGGGACUCGUCAAGGAGAAUCCGGAUUUGGAACCAAAUACACUCAUACUCGAUGGGAGGUAUCCGCAUCCGCAGCAACUACAGGAGCGACUGGAUUUCCUCAAGUUUCUCCUGAAGGAUGGACAAUUGUGGCUGUGUGCUGAUCAGGCGGAACAAAUAUGGAAUUGCUUGGCGGUAAAUGCGGCAUUUCCGAGUGAUCGUGAAGAGUGUUUUCGGUGGUUUGGUAAACUCAUGGGGGAUGAACCGGAUCUCGAUCCGGGAAUAAACAAAGACUUCUUCGAGAAGAACCUCCUUCAGCUUGAUCCGCUACUCCUAACUGAGAGUGGUAUAAAGUGUUUUGAGCGUUUCUUCAAGGCGGUCAAUUCCAAAGAACUCAAACUUCAAGCCAAAUACCGUGGCUAUGUGCUCGAUGAUGAGGAUCUCAUUGGGAAGGAUUACUUGUGGCGCGUUAUAACGACAGGUGGUGAGGAGAUUGCGUGCAAGGCAAUUGAGUUGCUAAAAGAGGUGUCAACGGCGUUGGGGCCGCGGUUGCAGGCAAAUGUUGGUAUUUUCCAUGAAAAUUUCAUUGACGAGUGCUGUGAUCGUCUGCGAUCUCAUUAUGACAAUGUAUUGCAAGUGAAUAAGAUCAUUGAGGAUGUGAUUAAGCAGAAUGAAGACUGCAAUGAUAUUAAAGCAAUGAGAAUGGCGGAAGCGGAUAAGAUGUGUCGUGUACUUCGGGUGCUGCAGGAAUAUAUUAAGGAGUGCGAUCGUUCAUUCAAUGGUGAUCGAUACUAUUUACCAUUGAGUCGUGCAUGUCGCGGUAAAUAUUUGAAUUUGUACAUUAGAUUCCAAAAUCCCGGAAGGCAGAUUGAUGAUAUGGAGAUAAUAACGCACAGCAAUGAAACAGUGGCGGCAUUUAAGAGGAACCUCCUGAAACGCAUUAAGGGAACAUCCCUCACGAGCAUUAAGGUGGAUUUGUACUACAGUAGUGGGGAAUUGAUUGAAGUUACCGACGAUCGGAGCCCCCUGUCGCAUUUUAUGCUCGUGGAGAAGACAAUGCUGACGGCAAAAUUGACACCAAUGGGUGUUGGGAUGGCAAGUUCACCGGAUAGCUCGAGUGAUAGUAGCACAGGAUCACCACCACGUCCGUGUCCGGAUAUGACACGUCUCGAAUCAGAAGCAUCCCUUCCGGGUGUGAUAAUUUCCCAAAAGCCACAAUAUGUGGAAUUCUUUCUCAAAAUCUACCAACUCGGUAGUGAUAUGGAGCACAAUAUUCUACGGGAAUGUAUUCAUCUUCUGCACCUUCUACCCCUCGAUCGAUUCACGAUGCAGCAACUUGAGACAAUGUGUACCAUUCGCAUUGAUACGAUAAUUAGUUGUAGCAACGAUCAGCAGCGUAUUAAUACUGAGCUAUCAAUGAUGGAGGAGCAACCGACGCUUGAAUCAAUGUUUCUCCAUGCCACACCUGCCCAAGUGCUUUACAAUCUUGAAGUUCUCCAUGCCAUGCUUAUUCCGGCACUGGAACCACUGAGUGAAGUUACAUUGCGCCUACAAUCCAUUUGGCUGCACUCGGGGGUGGCACACUUCAUUUUGGAGUUGCUGACAAAGAAUAACUUCCUCCCGAAUGCCGAUGUGAAUACAAAACGUGCGGCAUUUCAGUGUGUUUUGCGUCUAGCGAAGCUAUUUCUCUACAUUGUUGGCUGUGUACUCAGUAGAGUUGGUGAUGAACCGGUGAUGACGACCCCAGUUGAUGGGGCAAGGAGUCAAGUGGAGAUCCUAAAGCAACUUCUAACGACAAUUUCGGGUAAUUCGGAACAAACUCUGAAGACAAUUGCGGCAAAAUUGGCACAAACACUGGCCGAGGAGAUGCUUUCAGCUGGUCAACAGGGUGAAAUAUGUCGUCGUCUCUUUGGGUCAGCACUCCAGUGGUCUCUUCCGGAUAUGGCAACCAUUAAGGCAAUUGUUCACCUUGCAUGGGCAGCAUCGUGUGGAUGUCUCAACAAGUUGAAUGUUCUAUCGACAUUCACGCCAGAGAGCACGAGCCCCGAGACAGCAGACUUUACCGUGUGCAAGGAAGCCCUGGAGGUACUAACAAUCUCACUUGUCCUUAAUCCAAAUGCCACAGAGGCCCUAAAUCAUGAUAUUUCAUGGCCAAAAUUCAUCACAAGCCUCGUCCUAAUGAACCCCUCGCGGCAUGUACGGAAGGUGGCGUCUGAGAAGCUCUUCCUCGUUUGCACGUAUUGUGCUGCCGACCGGAAGCCCUUUACCUACAUGGUGGUGCUCCUUGUGGGCUCCAUUCAAACCCUCGUACCACAACACUCGUCCACAUGUGCCGAAUUCUUUCAGCUUCUCUGUCGUAUUCUCAACUAUGGGUGCCUCUACAAUUGGCAGCUGCCCGUGAGUGAUGUCCUCUUUUCGCAGGAAAUCACCUGGUUGCGUACCAUACGGAGUACGGUGAAGCAAACGGGAGAGACGCAGGUGCACGAGGAUCUCCUCGAGGGGCAUCUCAAUUUAGCCAAAGAACUCAUGUUCUACCUCUCAGCUGAUUCAAAAUCCCGACUGAAUUCACUCAUUCAGGAGCUAGUCGAUGAUUUCUUGUUUCCCGCAUCACGACAGUAUCUCGCUAUAAGGCGCAAUGAACACAUCCCCGAAUACAAUGGACCACCACCUGUGUGUCGUAGUUCCCACACAAUUGCAGCUGCAUGUGAUCUUCUUGUGGCACUAUGCCAGAAUUCUGUGCCCAAUAUGAAGCUUCUCGUGAAUACGCUGAUGGAUAUGUUUUGUUCGGACACAGAGCCACUACGUGAGUGGGAGUACUUGCCACCAGUUGGACCGCGUUCCUCAAAGGGGUUCUGUGGACUCAAGAAUGCUGGGGCCACGUGCUACAUGAAUUCCGUACUGCAGCAACUCUACAUGGUGCCAUCAAUACGUCACGGUAUUCUAUCAGCUUCAGGUGCAUGUACGGAUCCCAAUGAGGAUUUCAGCGGGGAAACAGAUACAACGGAGAUUGGGGCGGAAGAUGAGAAUAAUCGACGAAACUAUCAUGUUGGCAUUUUGAAGCAUGUUCAGGCAAUUUUUGCUCAUCUUGGGCAUAGUGCUCUUCAAUUUUACGUUCCACGUGGGCUCUGGAGUCACUUUAAAUUGCAAGGAGAACCGGUGAAUUUACGUGAACAACAGGAUGCAGUUGAAUUUUUCAUGUCACUCUUUGAGAGUCUCGAUGAAGGUUUAAAGGCACUCGGGCAUCCACAGUUGAUGGGGGCAACCCUUGGUGGGUGUUUUAGUGAUCAGAAAAUCUGCCAGGAAUGCCCACAUCGUUACUCCAAAGAGGAACCCUUUAGUGUCUUUAGUGUUGACAUAAGGAAUCAUAGUUCUCUCACGGAUUCACUGGAGCAGUAUGUAAAGGGAGAAUUACUUGAGGGUGCCGAUGCUUAUCAUUGUGAUAAAUGUGAUAAAAAGGUGGUUACAGUUAAAAGGCUUUGUGUUAGAAAAUUACCACCAGUGUUAGCGAUUCAACUGAAGAGAUUUGAGUACGAUUAUGAGCGUGUUUGUGCGAUAAAAUUCAAUGAUUAUUUUGAAUUUCCACGAAUACUCGAUAUGGAGCCUUAUACAGUUUCUGGAUUAGCAAAAAUCGAUGGGGAGGUAAUUGAGGUGGAUGAACAUGCGGAUGAUCAACCGGCAACGACAAAGUAUCAAUUGACUGGAAUUGUUGUGCACAGCGGACAAGCAUCGGGUGGUCACUACUUCAGCUAUAUUUUGCAUCGUGACCCAACAACGGGCAAGGAGAAAUGGUAUAAAUUUGACGAUGGCGAAGUGAGUGAGUGCAAAAUGCAUGAAGAUGAGGAGAUGAAGACACAAUGCUUUGGGGGUGACUACAUGGGGGAAGUUUAUGAUAAUAAUCUCAAGAGGAUGCAGUAUAGGCGUCAGAAGCGCUGGUGGAAUGCCUAUAUGCUCUUCUAUACACGCUGCGAUCAUACACCGAUGCAGCAUAAACCGUGCAUUGAGCAACUUUCACUGGCGGACAGUCGAAAUAAUGUCCUGCCAAUGCCGGAGCCAAUUGAGAAGAGUGUUAGAUCACAAAAUAUUCGAUUUCUUCACUCGAGGAGCUUCUUCUCACCGGAAUUCUUCAAUUUUAUCCUCAAAUUAGUGAAUUGCAGCGUGCCAUCACCGAGAUCUGAGAAAAUUACGCCACAUGCUGAAGAACUUUUGCUGCUUGGUGUCCAAUUAGCAUCCCAAUUUCUUUUCCAUUCUGGUUUCCGUACGAAAAAGACACUACGCGGUGCUGCUAUUGAUUGGUAUGAAGAAUUAAAAAUACCCGUGUCCAUAUGGUAUGAUUCUCUGUGUCAGCAUGUACGACAUUCAGCUGUAGUGAGAAGUUGGUUUGCACAGAAUGCUCUGUUGAAUCCACCAACGCGUCUUGCGGAAUAUAUUUUAAUUGCACCAUCGCCGGAAGUGAGGGCGGUCUUUGUGAAAUUAGUCGUAUUCUUUUGCCACUUUGCCAUCAACGAUGAACCCAUUCCGGGAUUCGAGGGAUCGAAUUUGUGUGAGCAAGUACUCAUAAAUGUACUAGCACUCCUCAAGGGUGACGUUGCGGAACAUGGGAAGCACCUUCCACACUACUUUAGUCUCUUCUGCAUGUAUGCCGGGUUGGGACUUCAGGAAAAGCAUCAAUUGCUAAAGCUCAAUGUUCCGGCAAUUUUCAUGCAAGUAGCCCUCGAUGAUGGACCCGGACCCCCGGUAAAGUUCCAAUAUCCGGAAUGGAGUAAAUUGCAUCAAGUUGUGUCGCAUUUGGUGCGUUGCAGUGAUGUAUCUAGUCGAUGUACGAGUUCAAAGGGUGAAAGUGGUGUACGUCCACUUCCAAAUCCAUACAUUGAACCAAAUAUACAAUCGGAGAAUUUGGUGCCACUCUCCCCGGAGGCGUGUGAGUAUCUUUUUGCACGGACGACGUAUGUGAAGAAGGUGAUUGAGGAUACAAAUGUUGGGGAGGAGGGAUUAAAGUUGUUACAGUACUGCAGUUGGGAGAAUCCCCAUUUCUCCCGUACGGUUCUCACGGAAUUAAUGUGGCAAUGUGGUUUUGCCUAUUGGCACGAUAUGCGGCAUCACACAGAGCUUCUACUCAAUAUUCUCCUUAUGGAGGAUUCAUGGCAGCACCAUCGAAUACAUAAUGCCCUCCUGGGGGUGUCGGAGGAACGUGAGGGACUCCUGGAUACGAUAAUGCGAUCAAAGAUUCACUACCAGAAGAGAGCGUAUCAGAUAAUUAAGUGUCUCGUGCAGCUUUUCCGACGUAGCGCUGUGGCACAUAGUAUGCUGAGUAAUAAUCCAAAGCUAACACGACAGUGGACUGAAGCAGUUGAAUGGCUACAGGAUGAAUUGGAAAGGACACGCAAUGUUGGUGGGCAGUAUAAUUACAGUUCAUGGUCACCGCCAGCACAGAGUAAUGACAGUACGAAUGGGUAUAUGCUUGAGCGAUCUCAGUCGGCAAAGAAUGUCCUUCAGACGGCGGUUGAACUCUUCCCCGAAGAUGUCAGUGAGGAACAAGAUGAACCUAUAACUCAGGAAGAUCCCGAUGCGGGGCAAGGAAAUGAAACAGCUGGAACGUCAACGACGGGAUCGGAAUUUUCUGAUCCACUGAGGAAGGACGAUGAUGUGCCUCCUGCAUCAGGAAGUACACUGACAACGGUGACUGUAGCCAGUAGUAGUAGUAGUCAUUCGACAACAGUCACAACGAAUCCUGCUGUUGUUGUGAAGAAUGACAGUGUAACGGCCGAAGUGACAGAGGGUGGUGGUGAGACAACGACGGAUUAUUCAGUUGUCCUGAGUCAGGGGAUCAAUCAGAUGCGUGUGUCGUCGAAUCAGUCCACCGUCAGCACGACUGAGCACACGGGUGAUGACAAAUCAGCCAAUAGAUUGCUUGAAUUGAUUGCUCGGGAUUAUCGGGUGAAGGGACUACCCUCCACAGCGGGUGGAAGUUCAACAACAACAACAGUCACAACAACAACAUCCGCUAUUAAUUCAACAAAAGAAAAAUUUGAACAAUCAUAAGAAUUGAGAAUAACAGAUGGAAGAACAAUUGUGAUCUUUCCAUCCUACGUAGAAGCUUCAAUUUAUAUUUUUUCUUUCUUUCAAGCACAAAAUCCAGUUCAUCGUAAGAGCUUUUAGAAGAAAGAAAGAAAAAAAUUCAACAAAAAAAAUCAGCAUCAGUUUUUCUCAGUUCACUAUCAUUUAAUUAUAUACUUUUUUUCUAUAAUCAUACAUAAUGUAUUGUGAAAUAAUCAUUCUUCAUUAAGUUUUUCUUUUCCACAAAAAAAAAGAAACAAUAAAAAAAAGAAAGAAAAACUCAAAAUAAAUUCAUUAAAUUCAUUCUUUUCCUCAGACAUUUGUUUUCAAUAAAAAAUUUAUACUAAUUAUUUUUGCAAUAAUUUGCAUUUCUCUUAAAUUACAUACCUGUACGUCCUCUCCAAAACUUUAAUGAAAAGUAAAUUAUAUUCUGAAUACCGUGACACGGGAGAUGACUGAAAUAAUAUUAAAAUAUUAAAAAAAUAAAAAUGAAAAAUUGAUGUUAUGUAAUUUAUUUAGUAAAAUGAAACAAUUUCUAAAUAUUUUUUAUUCUCUUGCUUUUAAGUAGGACAAUAAAAGGAAAAAAUUAUAUACAGUAGCAUUUUUGCACACAUCAAUAGUGGAAAUGAAAGGGGAGAUAGAUCGAGCGAGAGAGAGAGAGAGAUGUAAUAAUAAUAGAGAAAAAUGUGAGAGUUUUUCUUAAUUCUAAACAGGGCUCUUGUAAAUUUAUUUUUCAUUCAUUUUUUGUAUGUAUUCCAAAAGCCAAAAAAUGUCCACAUAUUGAAUUUUUUUCCCUUUAAAGAGAUAAAUCGAAUAUUGAAUUGAAUUACAUUAAAAAAAAAAAGAAAACUUCACGAGACGUAUCGAGAGAAUCCAAUAAAUACGAUUAAAUGAAAAAUAAUAAAUUAACUCCAUUGUGUUCUACUUUUUCUAACUGUAUUGAUUUUUUUUUUUUGAAAAUGAAAGUCCCGCCUCCAAAAAUUCGGGAUUUUUCAGAGAGAUCUUUUUUUUUAAAUUGUAUUCUGUGCAGCAGCUAAAUUGCUAUUUGCUGUGCAAAAUAUAAUUUAAAAUUAUUGUUAAAAAAAAAGAAAGUUAUAUUUAUGAGUAGAUGACGGUAAAAGUUGCGAUAAAUUAUUGAUGAACAACAGCCGCGUUCUAGCUUGGGGUUGCUUCUUCACCAUCAAUAAUUAGCAGUAAAAUUUUGAAAUUCAGUACUAAAUGAGGUGAUCACACUACAGCUUUAAAUGCUUAAAACUUUUUCACGUCUUCAUGAGUAUGAGAGAGACAAAGUGCUGUUUUCUCUUAUUCUUUCCUUUGUAAAAUGUUCAACAUCAAGUAUUUGGAGCUCUAGUGUGAUAGGAACGUAAAAGUGGUAAUUUUUUUUAAGGAUUCUUUAAGAGAACAGUGGUUCUGUGUAAAUCUUGGGGUUAAACUUGGUAUGAAUUAUUGUUUUUGCCUUUAGAAUUCGAUUUAUGGGAAGUUUUUGUAAGCUAAGUUUCCUAAGAAGGAUUUAUAAUGUAAGAAAAAUUUUCAUAACAGAGAAGAUCAAAAAAUCAUAAUGAUUGAAUUCUUCGAUUAAUCGAGACUAGCUGAGCCUAUUCAAUGGUCUUCAUAAAACAUACAAGAUAAACGUAAUCUUAUAGAAGAUCUAAAAACAUUCAGAAAAUGGUAAACAGACUUACCAUCUUCCCCAGAGAAAAUACAGCAAAAGUUUACCUAAAAAUGCAAAAAAUGACGUCACCAUUUUGUUAUUUCUCUCCUAAAUAAAAAAAACGUGUGAAGCAGUCAUGCUAAUGUUUCGUCGAUGAGUUUUGGCUGUGAUAGGAAAUUUAAAAAAUCCAAAAAAUUGUUUCAAAGAAAAGACAUGAUUUAAAAACACUUUGUCAACACUAAUUGACGAAACAUCAACACGAAUAUUUCAUGCUUAUUUUAAGGGACAAGAAACAAAAUUAUAACUGACGUCCCUUUUUUUGCAUUGUUAUGUUUGUUAUACUUUUUUUUUCCUGGCUAAUCGCAGUGGAGUAAGAGAAGUCAUUUGGCGGUUUCUUGUUCUGUUUAAUAGUCAGACAUUCUUAGGAUUUCUUAAGAUUUUUUUUAAAUUUUAUAAAAAUUUGUCAAGUUUUUUUUUUUAUUUUUUUUUUAAGAAAAACCUAGAACUAUGAACUAUGAAUGUCAAAAGUUUUCUUGAAUUUUCUUAAGAGAAACUUGAAAUUUAUUAAGUCAGGCUAAAUCAAGCUUAAUGCAUGUUUUUUGAAGAUUUUUAUAAUUUUUUUAAUACCCUAAGGUGAUCAGGAAAAAUCUUGGAAAAUUAUACAUUUAGCGCAAUUGAGUCUGAAAUUGAGAAAUCUUAAAUGUAAAUUAAGAAAACUUAAAAAAAUCUUUAGUUUUUCUUUGAAAACCUAAGGAGUCUUUAAACUGUCUGACUAGUAAAGAUUAUAACUUUCUUCCUUAAUUAGGUAAAACAAGUGCAAAAAAUUGCCACUUCUUACUGAAUUUCUAAAAUUUUACGAUAUUUUGCUAAGAAAGUUGUUUAUUUAAAAGAAAAAUAAAUAAAUAAAUAGAAGAGUCACAGGAAAGAGUUGCAAAGAGAACAAAGAUUUAACAAAAUAAAAACUUUUGAUGGAUUUCAUGUAACAUUUAUACAUUAUUAAUUUAAUAAAUUAAUAAACUAUAUUUUAUAAAAAAAUAAAUUGAAAGCCAAAAAACAAUAGUUCUGUAAAUAUAUUUUAUAGAAAUGAAAAAAAAAGGAAUAAGAAGAAAAACAUUGAAAUAUUUAAAAGAAUUAAAUAAAAAAAAAAGAAAUCGAAGGGCAUAAUUAACUCACUUAAGCUUGAAUGAAUGCGAUUUCGAUGUGGAUGUUGCAGCGAUUUAUUAAACUGUAUAAUAUUAUUUUUACUUUAUAAUUUUUUUUUAGUAAACUCUAUUCACUCGAUAUAUAUUAGACAAAGAGAAGAAAAUGUGGACGAGAUGAUGCGUUAAAUGAGAAGGAAAGAAUAAAUAAAGUAAUAUUGAAUGUGAUUUUAAGUUCUAUUCGCGCAUUUAAAGAUUUUUUUUCUUUUUUUAUAAUAAAAUAAAAGAAAAGUUUAUAUACAAAAAAAAAAUUAUAUUAACCCUUAUUAACAUACUUUAUACACACACAAAAAAAUUGUGUAUCAUUUUAAUCAAAAAAAAAAUGCGAGAAUAUGAAAUUUUUUAAAAUAAAUAACAAAGAUACACAAACUCAUUUUUAUAUGAAAAUAAAUUAUUGAAAUGAAUAAAGAAACUGCUAUUAUAAAAUAUUUAAAAAAAAAACAGAAAAAAAUUGUGAAGUAUUUUUUAAUGAACUGGUUUAUAGACAAAAAAAGGUGAAGUUUUUAAAUUAAUUGGAAAAGAAGAAACUAUUUUUUGGUAUUAUUGGCAAAGUGAAAAGGCAACGCUGAAGGGCGUGUGCUGUGCAUAGAGUCAGACGAAGGAUAGGGGGUGAAAUAUGAUGAAAUUUUAGUGAAAAAAAGUAAAAGGAAAAAAACGAAAAAUAUCUUACAUUAAUUGUUAAAAAGAAAAACAAAAAUAAUACCAAGUGAAUAUAAACAAAAAAAAGAGCAGAAACAAAAAAAGAUCUAAUGAGAAAAAAAUAAAAAUAAAAAAUUAUAUUGCAAUUUGUAAGAUUUCAUCACUGAUACUAGAAAAUAAUUAAAUUCUUUAGAGAGAGAAAGAGAAAAAAAACAAAGAAACUUAAUAAUGUGACACUUGAGAGUGGAAUGUGAGAGAAAAUAAGAUUUAAAAGAAAAUGAUAACGAUGUGGAUGAAGGAAAAAAUUGCUAUUCGCACUACCAAACUUAUUACAUUUAUUAAUUACCUACUAAAUAUAUUUAAAAAAAAAGAAUGAUGAUGAAAUGAAAAAAAUAAAUAAUCAACUCUUUAAAAAAAAUGAUAACAAAAGCAAGAAAAAAUCUAUUAAAAAAGCAUAUAUAAUAUUAUUUUACUAAAAAUGAAAUGAUAAUGAUGAAUGGAGAAAGAUAGAGAAUACAGAGAGUAAAAGAAAAUGAGAAACAUUACCUAAAAAAUCAAGUAAUUGACUAAAAAAGUGCUUAAGAAUUUUUUACAAUAUAAUAGAUGAAGUAAAUGAUAAAAAAAAUGAAAAGGAGAGAUGAAAUAAGGAAAGGUAGUAGAAAAAAAUGAUGAAACCAAUUGUAACUGUACAUAAAUGUGCAUAAAAUAUUUACUUAUGUAACUACUAUUAUUUAUAAUCUUUGAUGAUAAUAGAAAUUUAAUCGAUAUUUCUUCGAAGGAAUUACUAUAUAUUAUAUAUUGUAGGUAAACACACACAGAGAGCUGAAGAAUUCAUUGAUGAAUUUUCAUUUAAACAAAAACCUUUUUUUUCUCCAUUUUUUUAUUAUCAGAAAGAAGUAAAAAAAAAAAUGUAAUUUACUGUGAGAAUUGGAAAUUAAAAAUGUGCGUUUGCAUUGAAUUAUGAGAACGCAUUGAAAUUCCAAGUACACACACACCUACACAACAAGAUCACGUUAUAAAAAAAAGAUUCUUGAGAAGAAUGAUGAUAAAAAGAUGAUGAUGGAACUAAAAAAAAAAGAAACACGAUAAAAAUGAAUAUGAGUAAACAUAAUGUAUUACAAGAACAGAAAAUUACAGUGAUUUUAAAAUUAAAAUAAAA